AUGGUGCCAAGGGCAAGACACCACCAUGGGGAACUCACGGAUGCCAAGAAGGAACUCAAGGAAGAUGCUGUUGAACUGUGUCUGCACUUUAAGAUCUAUUUCGAUGGCGAUGACCAUGACCAUGACCAAGGCUCUGCACUCCAACUUUUCUUCCCAUUGAAGACCAAGAAAGGGAAAGAGGGCAAAACCAAGAUUGUUGACACGACCCUUCGUGAUCUCUUCAGGGACUAUUCUGUUGAGGCGAAGAUUAUGGAUCCAUUCUUUGAUCACAUGAAAUCCAAACUCCCGGCUUUGAAGAAGCUAAAGGAAAAGAACUAUCCCAUUGAGGUUGCUUGGAUGUCGAUUUCUGAUUCCAGCUGCAAGCCGAUCGCUCAUGAGUCUUUUCCACUUUUAAAGCACUGA